UACGAGAGGGCCGCGAUGACCGUGCAGAAGUUCAAGCCUCGCGGCAGUAGCGCGGCCGAGGAUCAACGACCCUCGGGUGACAUUCUUCUCUCAGCGUCGAAUGAACCUUUGGAUAAUGAUAAGGAGCAACGUCAAACUCUCUUGACAUCAUCACCUGCGACGAAUCCACCUACUACGAGAAAUGCUUGCUGUCGUUCGAGUCAAUCUCAGCAAAUCCAACAACAACAACAACAACAACAACAUUUUCAACAGCAAGAUCAACAGCAACAACGUCAGGACAGUAGCGAGAAUCUUCUAGGACGAGUAUUGGCCGAAUUCGAUGGAACCACAGUACUCUGUCGUGUUUGUGGUGACAAGGCCUCUGGUUUUCAUUAUGGCGUUCAUUCCUGCGAGGGAUGCAAAGGAUUCUUUCGCCGUAGCAUCCAGCAGAAGAUACAGUAUCGGCCCUGCACCAAGAAUCAACAGUGCAGCAUCCUGAGGAUCAACAGGAAUCGCUGCCAGUACUGCCGCCUGAAGAAGUGCAUCGCAGUCGGCAUGAGUCGCGAUGCGGUGCGAUUCGGCCGCGUGCCCAAGCGCGAGAAGGCCAGGAUUUUGGCUGCCAUGCAGCAAAGCUCUCACAGUCGCUCUCAGGAGAAGGCAGUAGCGGCCGAGCUGGAAGACGAGCAGCGUUUACUCGCGACCGUCGUCCGGGCUCAUCUCGACACAUGCGACUUUACCAGGGACAAGGUCGCGCCCGUUCUCGCGAGAGCACGAGAAACACCGAACUACACGGCCUGUCCACCGACCUUGGCAUGUCCGCUGAAUCCGAAUCCGCAACCAUUGACCGGCCAGCAAGAAUUGCUUCAGGAUUUCUCCAAAAGGUUCUCACCGGCGAUUCGUGGCGUGGUAGAGUUCGCCAAGCGCAUCCCUGGAUUCAGCCUGCUGGCUCAGGAUGACCAGGUCACACUUUUGAAGGCCGGCGUCUUCGAGGUCUUACUCGUUAGGCUGGCCUGCAUGUUCGACGCUCAAACGAAUAGCAUGAUAUGCUUGAACGGACAGGUGUUAAAGCGCGAAUCCAUCCAUAACAGCAGCAACGCGAGAUUCCUCAUGGACUCGAUGUUCGAUUUCGCCGAAAGGGUCAACUCUCUGCGGCUGUCAGACGCCGAGCUCGGGCUCUUCUGCUCGGUGGUCGUAAUCGCCGCGGACAGACCGGGACUACGCAAUACCGAACUCGUCGAACGUAUGCACAACAAGUUGCGCAACGCUCUGCAAACGGUACUCGCUCAGAGCCAUCCCCAACAUCCGGAUAUUUUGAGGGAAUUGUUGAAAAAGAUACCGGAUCUUAGAACGCUUAACACUUUGCACUCGGAGAAGCUUCUCGCGUUUAAGAUGACCGAACAACAACAGCAACUCCAAGCACAGCAGCAACAGCAGACGCAACAUGUAAUAGCGACGAAUCAACAGCAACAGCAGCAGCAACAGCAACAGCAGCAGCAGCAACAACAACAGCAAGCACAAUCGGGGCAACAACAGCAAGCUCAGCAACAUUGGCCGAUGGAAGAGGAACCUCCGGCUUCUUGGGGCUCGGCCUCGGACGUCACACUCGACGAGGCCGUCAAGAGUCCACUCGGUAGCGUCUCGAGUACCGAGAGCACGUGCAGCGGCGAGGUAGCCUCCCUGACGGAGUACCAUCACGUUGCGGCGGCACCAAGCGGACACCACGCGUCGAGCGCACCUCUUCUCGCUGCUACGUUAGCCGGCGGUCUCUGUCCGCACCGUAGACGCGCCAAUUCCGGCAGCACGAGCUCCGGCGAGGACGAACUUCAUCGCGGAAGCUUGAGCAAAACGCCUCAGCCGCCACACUGUCCGCGUUUCCGCAAAUUGGAUUCGCCGAGCGACAGUGGCAUCGAAUCUGGUACCGAAAAGCCCGAUAAGCCAGCGAGUAGCAGCGCCAGUAGCGCACCCACCUCGGUUUGCUCGAGUCCACGCUCCGAGGACAAGGAAGUUGAGGACAUGCCGGUACUGAAGCGCGUCUUGCAAGCGCCACCGCUCUACGACACGAACUCGUUAAUGGACGAGGCAUAUAAGCCGCACAAGAAGUUCCGUGCUCUCCGGCAAAAGGACAGUGCCGAAGCCGAACCAGCGGUGGUUGUCCAACACGCUCAAUCUCAGUUACAUCUCCACUUGACCUCCCCGCCGGCACGAAGUCCUUCGAAUCCGACGACUCAGGCAACCUGCCCGCAAACCGCAAGUCUCCUUAGCAGCACCCACUCAACCCUAGCGAGAAGUCUGAUGGAGGGACCUAGGAUGACGGCGGAGCAGUUAAAACGUACCGACAUUAUUCACAAUUAUAUAAUGCGAGGGGAGGCGAGUCCGAGGUCACCCCCGGCUGUUUCGCCAUCUCCAGCGGAACAAUGCGCCUCGACGACCACGGUUACCACGCGCUCGUCUCAAGGAUCUCAGGGUCUGCUGCAAUGCGCCACCUCCAGCUACUCGAGCACCUCCUCCUCCUCCAGGUGGCCGGCCACCUCGGUCAUCACCACGACCACCGGUGCACGGCAGCAACAACAACAACAACAACAACAACAGCAGCAGCAACAGCAACAGCAGCAACAACAUCAACACCAUCAACAGCAGUCUUCCUCGGAUUACCUCGUAGUCGGGAACUCACCCGCCUCCUCGCCAAGAUACCUCUCGGCUGCGGCAUCGAGUAGUACAAGCACGAGUCCGAGGCCAACCUCGAGCACGGCCACUCUUGUCCUCUCUGGUUGUCCCACUAACAUGAUGGAGCUCCAAGUCGACAUUGCCGACAGUCAGCAACCUCUAAACCUCUCGAAGAAGUCACCGUCCCCAUCGCCGAGGCCGCUCGUUGGCCCCUGCAAGGCUCUCUCCCUCGAAGCGUAGUGCUCUUGCCGCGAGACGGAGAUCUCUUUCGUGACUCGAAGAAUCAUGUGUGUGCGUGUGUACUCUAUUGCUACUAUUACUACACUACUACUACUACUAUUACUACUACUACACUACUACUACUACUAUAACUACUACUACUACUACUACUACUACCCACCUUGCGCAAAGAGUGUCGUUACGUACAUGUAUAUGUAUUUUACCGUCCGUGCGACGGCACACAGAGGAGAAUCGAGCGUCCCGAGAGGAUCAGAAGCAGAAGGAGAAGAAACAGGAGGUGGAGGAGGAGGAGGAGGAGGAGGAGGAGGAGGUGGAGAAGGAGCUGCAGGAGGAGGAGGAUGACAAAGUGCCAGGACACUCCGAGCGCGUGACAAACCAAAUAAUUUAUUAAUUUAAAAUAUUUUAUCGAUAAUCCGCGCCUAAAGUCGAUAAGACGCGCGGUGAGAAGUAGAAGGAGGACAAAGCUAUGAUACGAGAGGACCACAUCUCCCUGACAUAUAUAGAGAAACAGGAAGAGAGAGAAGAAGAGCUAAAGAGGAGGAGGAGGAGGAGGAGAAGAAGGAGGAGAAGGUGGAGUAAGAAGAACAGGAGGAGAAAGAAUAGGAGGAGGAAAAGGAGGAGAAUGGAACGUUUCAGUGUCUAUGAGUUUCUUUCGUUUCUUUUCUUCUUUCCGAGAGUGCGUAUACGUGCACCUAAGGAAACGCGCUAAACUCGAUCGAAUUGGACGUUCAUGCGCGCGCACGCAAAUUUCGAUCGACGUUUAAGAGCGCGGGAUUCCAAUAGUUGCACGAUGCCGGAUAUAACAGAGAGUUUGAGAGGGACGAACAAAAAAAAAUAAUAAUAAUAAUGAUAAUAAUAAUAAUAAUAAUAAUAAUAAUAAUAAUAAUAAUAAUAAUAAUAAUAAUAAUAAUAAAAGAAAGAAAGAGAGCAAAAGAAAAAGGAAAAGAAAAAAAAAGAUGAAGAAGUAAUAAAGAAAAAGAAUAACCUAUCGUUAUCUCGCUAUCAACCUAUCUCGACCUAUCUGUUUCUAGGCGAAACUAGAGGAUAGACCGUGCUGCACCCCGUAAAGAAAAAAGAAUUGAAUGUUUACAGAAGAUAAAAGCAAAAAGAAAAAAAAAAAAAUUAAUAAUCUAUUACAUGUGAUAAUCAUGGAAAUCGCGCAUCCUGUACAGUCUCCACCUCAUUCAUUGAUCAUCUACUCUACUAUAAUUAUUGAAUAUUAUUAAAAGUAAUUAAUUAUUAUUGUAAUAUCUCUGUAAGGUAUAAUAAUCGUAAAAGUUAUCAUCUCGUGUACGUGUGAAGUAUAUAUAGAUAAAAAGGGUGAAUCAUAGAAUGAGAGAAGUAUAGUGGUUUUUUUUUUUGUGUGCGUCUGUAUGAUUGAGAGAGAGAGAGAGAGAGAGAGAGAGAAAGAAAACGCGUGCUUGUGGAAGCGAGUCGGGGCAAUCGAAGUUUCUUCUGAUCGAGAGAGAGAAAGAGAGAGAGAGAGAGAGAGAGAGAGAAAAAGGGAGAGCGAGAGAGAGCGAGAGAGCGAGCGAGAAAGAUAGAGAAGAAAGAUAUAGAAAUAGAAAUAGCGGCGAUCUUUCGAUUAAUCGAGAGGGAAAACGCUAGAUUCGAUUUAAAGAUUUAAGAUGAUUUUGUUAUGAGACUGACCGGCCCGCCGCGGCCUCCAGUUUGCAAUUACCGUACCUUUAUACCGCGUGUCGUUUAUCCCACAUACGAACGGGAGAAUCGACGCGACGUUAAUUAUAAUCCUCUAAUCGCGUCGUGUAGCGAGAUACAAUAGAUAUCGUAGUAGGUGCCGCUUUCGAACGCGGCGAACACACAAUAUUACGUGUUUCGUGUGGCUGCAUUGAAAGAGAAGAGAGAGAGAGAGAGAGAGAGAGAGAGUGCAAGGGUGAUUACGUAUAUAUACAUCCGUAUGUGUUGCGCGUGUGGCAAGGAGAGAGAGAGAGAGAGAGAUACGUAGCGUUGUGAGGAAAAGAUAAGGACGACGAGAUGAUUGUAGACGAAAUAGAUCGAAGGAGAAAGAUUUGUUUUUUUUUUUCCCCCGUAGGAUCGAAGUACGAUCAUUGAAAAAUAAAAGGCAUGAGAAAUUUAAAGAGUGUUAGGGAUAGAUGUACGUACGGAUGGAUGGACGAACAAACAGUGAGAGAGAGAGAGAGAGCGAGAGAGCGAGAGAGAGCGAGAGAGAGAGAGAGAGAGAGAGAGAGAGAGCUCCGAGAUAUAGUAUCGGCAAACGUUUUGUAAAUAGUAGAAUCGUAAGGCUGAGUCCUAGUUGGCGCGAAUGUGCGAAAAAGUUUUUCGUUGCUUUACGGAUAAUGCGUGAAAGAGGAUAAAAUGAUAGAGAUAGACGCGGCGGGCCGCCGCCGACGUGUUGUUGAGACGCCCGCCCCGCCCCCUUGACCCCCGGCAUAUUCAAGAGCGAACAUACGGUACAGACACACAUUAGAAAACACACAGGGAGAUCAUAUACCAUGUAACACACGGAUAUCAUAGGAACAUACGAUAAUACCGCAAAACUCACACACACAUACACACAUACACAUACGCAUACACAUACACAUACACAUACACAUACACAUACACAUACACAUACACAUGAAUAUAUACGUAAACACAGGACACGCGCGCACGCACGCUCGAGAAUACAAUAAUUCUUCAAUACACGCUGAAUUACGUGCUAGAAAAGACAUUAAAAAAGAGAGAGAGCGAGAGCGAGAGCGAGAGAGAGAGAGAGAGAGAGAGAGAAUAAAGAAAUAAAUAAAUAAAUAAAUAAACACAAUUAAAUAGCAGUUCGCCUGAAGUCUCGCGAUCCCACAAAACAAAAAGAAGAAAAAUGGAAAAGAAACUGGAGAAGAAUUUCGCGGGAUAGCGAAAAAUCUAUGAGGAAGCAGGAAACCUUUCCCCGACGAAAGAAAAAAAAAAAGAAAAGCCGCUUUUGCAAAUCCCUUCGAAGCACACACACACACACACACACACACAACAAAUACGAAACAACACAUACACGUACAUCCGAUAUCAUCGUCUCUCCUUGUCGCACGGCGUACGGUAUCGUAAUACUGUACACCGGCUGUUUAAAGGCCUGUAUUUAUUAUAUAUUCCAGAAUGAGAAAUCCUAUUUCCUCGGCAAAAGAAAAUGAGAGACAAUUAAUUAAUUAAUUUAAUUAAUUACUUAAUUAAUUAACUUCUCGUCCGUGUGACACGCGUAGCGAUCCAUCCCCUCUCGUAGAAAUCCUUCGUUCCACUUGCUUCUUCACCACACGCUACCCACUCCACUAUACUACUACUACUACUACUACUACUACUACUACUACUACUACUAUUACUACUACUAUCACUACCAUUAUCAUUACCACUAUCACUACAGCUACUACUUUCUCCGUAUCCCCAUCCGUAAUCCCGAUUUUCCCGAAACGGCUUCUAUCCUCGAUACUACAAAACUACACGAGCAGACAAACACAAUCACGCAGAUUCGAACACACAGAAAAACACAGAAACACAUACACACGCGCGUAUUUCUUGUCUUGUCACAAUACUCCCCUCCUUCGUCCUCUCCCCCCAUCCACCAAUUCAUCCCUUAUCAUCAUCGAUCCCUUUCUUUUUCCCCCAGCCGCUGUCGCAAUCGCCGCCGCCGUCAGAGAAAAACCUAUAUCACCCUGUCCCUUCUUCAUUAUCCCCGUCUCAAAAAUAAAAUCCUCUCCCACCGUAUUCCCUCUCCCGCCUUUUCGACACAUCCCACCCCCACUCCACCAACCCUCGGACAAACUAGCGUUGAUAUUCGUAAUACUUGUUAUGCAUAAACCUACACAUAAUGAUUAUUAUAGUAAACGAUACAUAAAGUAUGAUAUAUUUCUCUAUCCAAUAAGAAAUGAGAUACAAAGAGAGAAAGAGAGCGAGAGAGAGAGAGAGAGAGAGAGAGAGAGAGAAAGAGAGCGCGCGCGAGAGAGAGAGAGAGAGAGAGAGAGAGCCGUUGUUUCUGGGGUGGAAAUGAUAAGGAAAA